AGAACAGCUUUUACAGUUCUUCUGAUAUCUGUUAUCAAACGUCUUAUUCUGAAAAAUGGGAAAACCUUUUCUAUCCGUUGGUUUUUGAAUUAAAAGUUAAUUUAAACUUUUGUUUCUAUGCUAUGUGAUUUAACUGUGUUUAUGUAUUUCAUUAGUGGACAUAUCAAUUCAAGUGAACAAAAGAAUAUCAAAAUUAAAUGUGGCUUGACCCUUGUGAUUAAUAUUACAUAUCUAUCGUGCGAUGCGACGUAAAGGAACUUUGCGAUGGAGUGUUGCAAAGAAAGUGUCUAUUCCUGUUCCACCACCCGAAGUGGUUGAUGUUAAUCAAACCCGAGCUACUGUUCAACGGCGCUCAAACAAUCUUAAGCCCAAUGUCGAUCGAAACAGUUUAUCAAGUACUGGCAGCUCAUCCAAUAGUGAGGAAGGAAGUAUCAUUCUUUCCUUAUUACCUCCAAGUAUUGGUUCUUUGGAUGAGGGAUCUCUUCUUGAAAACUGGCUGACUAGUUUACAAUUUGAGGAAUAUAUCCCUUUGUUUGUUUCUGCGGGCUAUGAUAUGCCAACCAUAUCACGUAUGACUCCAGCGGAUCUAACUGCCAUUGGAAUAACCAAACCCUUACACCGUCAAAAGUUGAAGGCUGGUAUAGCCAAGUUAAAUAUACCCGAUGGAAUACCAAAUUUUAUACCUAAAUCUCUUCUUGAGUGGUUAAAGCUCAUUCAUCUUGAAGAAUAUUUUGAUAUUUUGUGUCAGCAAGGUUAUGAUUCAAUUGACCGUGUUAUUCAACUAACUUGGGAGGAUUUAGAAGAGAUUGGCAUUAAAAAGCUUGGACAUCAAAAGAAAUUGGAAUUAGCUAUUAAGAGGGUUCAAGAUUUAAACAAUGGAGUUCGACGAUCAUCAACACACUAUUCAAAUUUAUCAGCAUCUGUCCCAUCAUCUUCAUCCCUCUCAUCUGAAAGCUCUUCGAGCUCUUGUCCAGAUGCAUUACACUCUUCAUCUCACAAUCUAAGUUUACCGUUGAAAAUUUUUCCACCCUUAAGUCAGGAAGUAGCUAUUAACACUUCCAUUGGUCCCAAGAUUACAUCACCAGCUAUUGAAAGCCCAUUAACGCCAGAAUUGAAAACUUUUCAACAGUUAUCCACUAAUGAUCCUUAUGGUAGUUUAGGAUCCAAUUCAUCAUCUCAGGUUCAACUUAACAAAGACCAAUCAAGUAUAUGCAAUAGCAGCACUAGUAUAGGGUUUGAUCCAUCCAAAGGAAUAAGUAGUACUUCACUGCCUCCACCACCUCAAUUAGCAUCAACGAACACGAAUCCUGUGACAUCAGUCCGCGGUCGUUCUUUCGAGAGUUUAAAUAAAGAUGAAAUAGACUCUUCUAAAAUUUCUGCUUAUCUAUCAAGGUACAUAUCACAAUUACAGACGUAUGAUUGUAAACCAGAUUAUCAUAGGUCUGACUCCUUCAAUAGUGAUGCCUCCUCUCUUGGUAGUCCUAGACGACCAUCUUUUCAAGGUUAUGAAAAUGAUUGUGAGCCAGGUAACAAUCGACAAGGAUUAUUGCAAAUUCAUGAUUUUGAGUCAACAGCUACUCUCAAUAGAUCGAAAGGAUUGAUCAAAAAUAAACCGGUUGCCAAGAUUGUUGCCAAAAGUCGACAAGAAGAUGAUUAUCAAAGCGCAGCUGAUUAUAAGAAACCUGAUGUCGUCCCGAGAGUUGAAGUAAAAGCUUUGGGUAAAGUUUCAAUACCCUCUGUUACAGGGGUAAGUGGAAAUUAUUCAGCUGAUGGCUACAUGUCUGAUUCAGGUUCUUAUCAAUAUCAACAUUAUCCAUAUCAGUUAUACCAUCAACAUCAAUUUGAGCAACCUCAAUAUCAAUUUCAGCAACAAAGUUAUGAAACCGACGAAUCUCAUAUUAAAAAUUUAAACUAUCAAACACCAGUGACUAGUGAAAAUAUCUCAACAGCAGCUAUUUAUGCAACGUUAAAAAAGAAUAAGCAACCACCAGCACCACCAAAACGAACUAAUUCAAUGAAAAGUGGUUCUUCCAAUUAUAUUUACUCUGGGAUCAAUUAUAAUCAAAGUCAUGAUAACCGUCAAACAAUGUCAACUCGCUGUAAUAGUUUAGAAGCUAUUCAAGAACAAGCUUUUGCUACUUGUAUAAAAAGUUUAACAACACGAUUCAACAAUUCUAAUAAUAAUGCCCCUGAAAUUCCACCCUUGCCCAUUCGUAAUCAUUCAGUGACCCCAAAACCUCCUCCAAUACCUGACCAUGCUUCUUCACCAAUAACUGAUGAUUCUCUCCCUCCACCACCAUCGCCGCUUCCCUUUGAUGGAAGUGAUGUCUCUAGUGCCAAUUCAAGCUACAUUAAUCAAAAUGGACAUAACUUUGAACAACAGUCGCAACAAUUACAACAGUUACAACAAAAACAACUGCAUCAAUUGCAACUUCAACAACAGCCACAGCUACAGCCACAGCCACAACCACAAAUGAAUUCAGGUUCAGUAUCAUCACCUGAUUCAAUUACAAGUCCAACCUCUCCAAUAAAUUCAGGCAGCUCAAGUGAUAAGGAGGCUAUGUCGAGCAGCUCAUCUACUGAAUCAAUGCCUUUUGCCAAUGAUAAUAUUGGUACCAUUAAACAGAGGACAAUCAACGAUAGUAAUUCAACAAAUCAAGUGAAUAAUACCUCUAAGCCUGUGCUGCAAUCAUUGCCGUCAACAACAACAACCAGUCCUAAAGCAACUUCACCAACAACCGUUUCCACUGCCAUCAUCAGUAACUCAACCACCGUCACAAACAAACAAAGUAACACCAUAACUGUUACUGCAACACCUACAUUAUCAUCAUCAACAGUAAACGCCACAUCAUCAUCAUCAUCAGCAACAACAACAGCAACAGUGAAUGUAGCAAUAAGCUCAGUAGCACCCACGGAUAAAUCGCUGAUCCCGCCAUUCGUGAUGUCUUCUAAUUCUGUUUCAACUUCUGUUUCUACCUUUUCAUCUUCUCAAUCUUCCAGUCACACCUCUCCGACCCACUCAGGGAACUGUAAAAAAGCUGAACUCAAAACCAUUAAUCCAAGUGCACCAGAUCCAAAGGUUAACAAUACUUCGAAUCACCUUAUUGAGGACAUUGAAACAAUGUUGUCAAAUUUAUCAAACCAGUUGGAUGCUUUAUUGGAAAGUGAGACAAAAAUUAAAUGAUGAUUGACGCAGUUCAUCAAGAUGAAAGCUAAAACAAACAAAUUGAAAUAAUCAAAUGAGUAGCAAAAAAACCUCUAUUUUCUUUCAUGUUCUUCCCACCCUAUGGAAAUAUAUAGAGUGAUUGAGAAAGAUAUUGAGUGAGAAAAGAUGAGGAAAGCAUAAUAAGAGAAAUUCAAGAGAGUAGAAAAAAAAGUUACAAAUGAAAGUUUGUUUCGCUUGAAGUAGAAAGCAAAGUAAGCAAAGUUUAUCCAAGUUGAGUUAGUUACAGAGUUUGAGUAAAAAAAUCAUUUAUAGAUGCUUCUUAUAUCACAUAGUAAACUGACAACUUUUUAACUAAUAUUUAGUAAGAGUUGACUGAACAGACAAAAAAGUAAAGCCAUCGUUUUGUCAUUCACAAAGUUUUCAUAUCUUAUGAAUAUAUACACUUUACAUAGAAAUCAUACUUUUUCUCUUCAUCAUCACCAAUCAUCGUUACCACAACAAAGCACCAUCACCUGCAUCAACAGCUAUUAAACAGCACAAAUCUCAUUUCUAAAACAAUUCAUCACAAAUCACCUUUUUCACAAAUUCAUAUCAAGAAAACUCAGGGCCCACAAAUGCAUCGUAAUAUCUCUGUUUUCAUGUUUUUCCUAUCUAAAAACAACAAAAAUCAAGUCUAACCAUCGACUAAAUCAUUGAUAUAAAUAUAUAUAAUAUGAACAAAACAAAUUAUAAUAAAGAAUUAUAUUAUCGUA